AUGAUCGUAAACAUACGAAGAUACCUACAAACUGAUUUGGGGAAGAUUGCUAAUGAUCUACUAUCAAGCAAACGGAUUGUCUCGUCGAAAGGGAUGCCAGAGUUCAACGCCGUGUCUAUCACGGAUAUGUGGAUCAAAAACUCAUUAUCUGAGCGCACACAUCGAUCUAAUAGAUUGGUAGCAUUGAGCAUACCCGUAAUCUUGAAAGCGCUACAGAAUCUCAGAAGGAAUGAAAAUCACUUCCUGUAUUUUACACUAUUGAACAGGAUUCAAAGUUCGAAAAUCCAUUGGAUAUCUCAAAAUAAUAAGGAGAUCGAGGCAAGUGAGACAGGACAGAUGCCCAUUGAGUUUUACAACGAAUUAGCUAACAUGCUCUAUCGAAUGUCUCUGUCGAUGAGUCCGGGAGAUGACCUGUUCAUUCUUGCCAAAUUUACAUUGCGUUUACUCGAGAACUACACCAAAAUUACUAGAAUGCGCCUGAAGAUUGAUACACUUUACAAAUGCUCCGUCGUAGUAACAAAAACGCAGUCGAUUUCUUACUUUGAUAGGCUUAUCGAAAUAAUAGAAGAAGCACACGCGAAUAAUACCCAUGUUUCGAAUACGAUGCGUAAGAUACUGGCAGACAUCUCCUAUAUUGCCUUCUUCACUGAAACAGAUCAAGUCCACAAAUUGGAAAGUGAGUUAACCGGUGGCCUUUUUCGGUACGGUAAACAUAUGGUGGAUUUAGAACUUAUGGAUCUGUUUUAUCCCACCUUUAUCAGAACAGCCAAAUAUCUACUUCUUUCCAAUUCGGAAUUGUGUGCUAGGAAACUGAUUGAGCUUUUGGACGCUAAAUGGAAUGUCCGGUUACAGGACCAUGAUCUAUCUGAACUUGUUUGUAUCUGUGAAAAAAAUGCUUUUGACGAUACGCUUACAACGUUACAGAAAUUAUAUCCAAACGAUGUUGUAGUCCGCUCUUAUAAUUGGAGCGUCAAGGAUAUUGCAAACAAGAAUUUUGAAGAGUACGUAUUUGAUCUAAAGAACAAAGUUAUGACCUCAAACUAUCCCCUUUCUGAUAUUCGGAAUGCGAGCAUCAUGAACCUUAAAUUAACCCAGUCGCUGCCAAACUUGGAAGAGAUGUUCCAAUCGCUAGAAAAUAUCGGUAAAAAGCUGAACAACACCCCAGGUGAACAACAAUUGAAGGUCAUGAUUCUCAAUAGCAUGUUUCUGUACUUAGCUCAAAACUCAAAGUACGGCAAAAGUUUGCUGUUCCUCGAGUACUUAGUACAGAGCCCGGUUUACAACUUAAGCUUAGUGGAUGCUAGUAAUGUGAAUACGAUUAGUUAUCCUGGAUUGCACACUCUUUUUAGAGCUGUUAGCCUCUCCACGUCGACAACGUUUUCCAAAUUUAUCCUUUUUAAACAAUUGAAGAACUCUCCCCAGCUCAAGUUCCAGUUUACUGUAAGGGAUUAUUGUCUACUAUUGCAAAACAAUUCCAUGAAAGAAAUGCCGUCGUUGCUUUAUUAUUACCUGUAUCAUUUUCUUCAGGCAUUUGGAAAUGAUUUUUACACAUCACCCAACAUUUGGAUUCUUCCUAAAGAUAUAAGCAGUAUAUUAGAGGGCCAUAAAUGUGUGCCUUUAUUUCAAUUGCUGGCAGGAGUUCGGAAAAUGUACUGUACCACUCCACAAUCGUGUACGUCGAACAAACUGACUCGACUCUUUGCUACCAGAUUUCCACUUGACGAAAAGCAAUUUGAGAACACCCUACUUCAAGAUCUAAAUGAAUUGUACGCAGGAAUGGCACUACCGAAUGGCUACUCACUCGAUAUUGAUAUUCACAACGCUGAACGUACCAGGGAUGCCUUGGAACGGUUGGAAGCAGCUUUAUCUCAAUUACCGAUCGAAGAAUAA